CCAUAUGGCAACGCUUACCAUACGUUUUUAGCUAACUACCCGAUACCGACGGCUCUCAGAAAAAUUAUUAAUUAAACGUAAUUAAAGUGUUUAAAUCCAUAUAAAAAUAUAAUUAAAGUGUAUAUAAAUGAACAAUAUAGCGAUUAAAUAAUAAUUCAACGUUGAAUAUACGCCUAAAGUACGAAAAAAUUUCAAUUGAAAAGUAGCAACGAAAAUUACAAAAAAAUUUUCGCUUGCCUCGCGUCGUCCACAGCAUAGUUAAGCAUUGGUAUUAGUGAGUAGGCACACACACGAAUAGAACGUGUGCGUGUGUGAGAGCGAAAUAGGUGCUCCGCUGGCAGUGAGCGGUGAGCAGCGAGCGAGUUUUGUGUGUUUGUUCCAGUGUGUACAUGCCAUAUGAAUAUCGACGUAAGCAAAGGACCAACUAGAGCGUUGUAUUGAGUUAUGAGUGUCGCUGCAAUGACUAUGGACGAUCAGAGACCUUUGAUGAACAGUUACGAUAAAAUGUCUACAAAAUAUGAUCAAAAUUUGCACAUGAUCAACAACAGCAGCAGCAGCAGCAUUAGCGGCAAUAGCAACAGCGGCGCCGGCAGCGGGGCCGCUGGUGGUGGUGGUGUUGGUGGGGGUGGGGGUGGCGCUGCUAUUGGCGCUGUUAUCAGUAGUGGCCCAUCUGGCCCGGCUUCGCCAACGCCGUCUGGCUUUGAAGAGCAGCCACAGUCGCAGUCGCAGCAGCAGUCGCAGUCGCAUCAUCAUCAUCACCAUCAUCAUCAUCAUCAUUCGACAUCAACGCAAGCGCAACAAACAGCGGAGCAGCAACAACAGCAUCGACACCACCAUCACCAACAACAAGAACAACAGCAACAACAACAGCAACAGCAGCAACAACAACAUGAUGCCGCUGUUGCCGAAGCUGCCGCCGCAGCCGAACAGCGACGUUUGCUCGAAGAUGAAAUCGAGACCCUCAAGCUGGAGCAGGCUCGUAUGGGACUGCAAUAUGCCGACGCACAGCGACGCGAAAAGAUCCUCAUGCGGCGUCUGGCUAACAAGGAGCAAGAGUUUCAGGAUUAUGUGAGCCAAAUUGCGGAAUACAAGGCACAGCAGGCGCCUACGGCUUUGGCUUUGCGCACAGCUCUGCUUGAUCCGGCUGUAAAUUUGUUGUUUGAGCGUCUCAAGAAGGAGCUGAAGGCCACCAAGGCCAAGCUUGAGGAGACACAGAAUGAGCUUUCCGCGUGGAAAUUUACGCCAGACUCGAAUACCGGAAAACGCCUCAUGGCCAAGUGUCGAUUGUUGUAUCAGGAAAACGAAGAGCUCGGCAAGAUGACAUCCAACGGGCGGCUGGCGAAGCUAGAGACAGAGUUGGCUAUGCAAAAGAACUUCAGCGAGGAGGUCAAGAAAUCGCAGUCAGAGCUGGACGAUUUUCUACAAGAACUCGACGAGGAUGUGGAGGGCAUGCAGAGCACAAUAUUAUUUUUGCAACAGGAAUUAAAGACAACGCGCGAUCGCAUACAGACGCUGGAAAAGGAAAAUGCGCAACUUCGACAAAUGAGCGGCGGCAACUGUCCAAAGGAAGUUAUUGACAAUGCGUCGGCCACCGCGACAAAUGGCCAAAGCAGCAAUAGCAGCAGCCAGUUCCAACAAUCCACCGGCAGCGGCAGUGGCAACGGCAGCAAAUUGGAAACCAUUGAGGAGAAUGCCUGCCUGGACACAAAUCCAACAACAACGACGACACAUACUGCUGAUUAUUAUAAUGGCAACAACGAACAACAGACUGCGGCCUCAGAGCUAAUCAUGCCCCCCGACGACGGCUCCAAUAGCAAUGGCAGCAAAAGUGCAGCUGCGCCGCGAUUGGCGCGCAAACGUAACUAUGAAGAGGAGAGCGCCACAUUGCCAUGCAUACAGGAGAGCAGCCCGUUGGUUCCAUCGAUGCGUGAGGUUAGUGCACCACGCACGCUGCCACCGAAGAAGUCAAAACUGCGUGGCAUAGCCACGCGACGGAGCUCACAGCUGGAUGAGGAGCAAAGUCUGGGCAUGAUGACGCCGACGCCGACGUCGACGUCCGUAGUGCUGGACAAUGCAGUAGCUGGCAUGGCCAGCGAAGAGUCCGCAGCAUCAACGACGGCAGCCAAUGUCUCAGAAUCCGCAGUACCGCUCAAUGCGGAGGGCGCCAAUGAAGCGGCACCAGCACGCAUCCUGACGCGACGCCGGUCGGUGCGCAUGCAACAAAACGGUGGCAGUGCCGUUGAGUACUGAAGCAGCAGUGGGAGCAGCGGCAACGGACUUUUAAAAAGAGCGUGCUAAUAUUGCAUUCUGAUAUCAGAUGAUUCAAUUGAAUAUGAUUUUUGUCAUAUGUCUGCUUAUGCCUAAUACUAAUCGUUAAAAUUUUAACGUUUAUUUUGUGAAUUGAGAUUCAAUAGAGACUUGCGGCUUAUCAACAUGAUUAUAUAUAUAUAUAUCUAUCACUAUUAUUAUUAUUUUUUUUUUCAUUCGAUACAUUUGUUUUGUAAAAUACGUUUGUUGUUCGGUUUCCUAUCCGUGCACGCAACAUUAUGAUUAUACACUACCUAAUUAUCCUUAGUAGAAGUCACUGAUAUACAUAAAUACAUACAUGCAUAUGUAGACAUAUACAUACAGAUUAUACAUACAUGUAUAAGAUUUUAAGAAAUACAAUUGAAAAUACAAUUUGUCAGCGUA